AUGGGAACAUGUUGUGGUGCUUAAGUACCACAUACUGGAAUUAUUUUUGAAUUCUCUGCUCUCACCUAUUACUCUCGUUAUGCUAUUAUUAUUUAGAGAGCAUAUAGAAGUAUUCUUUUGAAAAAUAUUUAAUCUGUAGAGUGGAAACAUAAAAAGGAAGGAUAAGAGAAUCGUUUAAUAAUCACAAUUGAUAGUUAGCAUAGUCAUGAACCUCCUGCAUUAGUAACUGUUUCAAUUGAUAAUCCUAUCGAAGUAAUUGAAUAAAUUGUAUUUUCAAUAAUCAUCCUAGAUUGAUCAUACACCUUAAAAUGCUAUUAAGGUAGAUCGUAAAUAUAGUGAAUAUUCAACUAUUGUAAAUAACCUGAUCUUUAAAAUUGGCAAUUUUAAUUACAAGGAAUAUGCAAAAUAACUUAGUUAUACAGAGGAAGAAUUAGCAUUACCUCAUCAAGAACCUUAUCAGUUAUAAGACAACACUGUAUAUGUGGGAUAAUGGAAAAUGGGAUUGCGUCAUGGUAAAGGUAGAGCAAUCUUUCCAGAUAAAAGUAUCUACGAAGGCUUUUGGAAGGAUGAUUAGAUGUGGGGAUAUGGCAGACUUAUUUUAGGAACAGGAGACUAUUACGAAGGUUAAUUUUUAAGGAAUAUGGCUAAUGGGAAAGGAAAAUAAGUUACAACUUUAGGAUAUUCGUAUGAAGGGGAUUGGGUGAAUGAUAAACAGUAAGGUGAAGGAAUUGAAAGGUAUCCAGAUGGUACGAAUUUUAAAGGAAAGUUCGUUGAUGGAAUGAAAACAGGUUUUGGAGAAUUUCAUUUUUAGGAUGGAUCAAGGUAAUAUUAAUUAGAUAUAUAUAAUUAGUUAUGUUGGACAGAUUAUAGAAAAUAAGUUUAAUGGGAAAGGAGUCUUUAAAUUUGGUGAUGGUAGAAAAUAUGAAGGAUAAUGGAAAAAUAAUUAGAUGGAUGGUUAUGGUACAUUUACAUGGCCUGAUGGAAGAUAGUAUGAUGGAUAUGUAUCAAUUUAUGAUAUCUUUUUUAGUAUGUAAAGGAUAAGAAACAAGGGUUUGGAGACUUUACUUAUUAAGAUGGGUCUAUGUAUAAAGGGAAUUGGUUUGAAGGGAGGGAGCAUGGAAAUGGAACAUUUUAUUCAAAAAGUGGAUUGUGCAGAGAGGGAGAAUGGUUAAAUGGUAAACGAGUGAAAUGGUUAGGUCAGUAUUAGACUGCUUGA